UCAUUUCCGUCCAAGAAUGCUCAUAAAGUGGCCGCAGUCUUGAUUUAUCCCCCGUUUCUCCCCUUGAUACCAUGGAAAACUCCCCAAAAGCACCACCAGGAUUGCAGGCGCUCUUCAAGGAGUGCCACCGAGUGUAUCCCGACCAGAAGAAUCCGCUGCAAGUGAGCACAAUCCUCAAAUACUGGCUCGGCGGCAAUGACGUCCUCGAUUACAUUUCACUGUACGACCACAAAGGCGAUCCUGCCAGGGAAAUCCCUCCUCACUGGCACUACGUGGCCUUCGGCUUGUCCGAUUUGCACGGCGACGGAAGAGUUCACAUUCCUGAGCCUACGCUGGAUCUGGAAUUCCGUUCAGGAAUGGGCUUCGAGUUGACAUUUCGUCUCCUGAAAAGCAGCGAUCCCAACCAGGGCCCACCAACGUGGCCAGCCAACCUGUUGCAGGACUUGGCGCGGUAUGUCUUCAAUUCCGGGAAUCGCUUCUGCGUGGGCGACAACAUUCCCUGGCCGAAGAAGUCCCUGGACAGCAGCAACUCCAAGAUUAGUCACAUGCUCAUUGCCGAGGACGCUGAACUGAGGCGCACCGAGACGCCGUUCGGAUGGGUGGAUUUCUGCCAAAUUGUCGGCGUGACGAGUGAAGAACUGGAUCGAGCGUCGCGUUGGAAUGGCAAAGGCGUCCUCAAUCUUCUCAGAAACAAUGUCACCACUGGCGGUGAAUUCCUCAUAACGGACAUGAAGAGAGAUAAGAGUGUGUUUGAGCUGUUUCCGGAGACUCUUCGUGAGCUCGAGGAAGAUCUGGAGAGAGAAGGAUCAGACUUAGUGGGUGUGAAUGCUGAAUUUAUCUUUAAGGAGUUUGCGGGGUUCUCUAUCAAGGAGGAAGUCGAGACUGAGGAACAGAGUGAGGAUCCCACGAUGAGCGUGAGCAGGGAGUUCGUGGCCAUGAAGGCUGAGGAGUAUUCGCCCUUCUCCACCUCCAUGAGCACCAGCAAUUCGCUCAGCAUGAGCGGACCGAUUGACUCGAAGCCCAUGACGGGCCACACGGUGUCCCUCAGCGGACUCGAGCUCACCCUCGCGCCGUACGCGGCCAAAUUCCUGGUGCUGGCCAUAAAGGAUCGCAUCAGACACGGUCGCCACUUCACAUUCAAGAGCCAAAAUCUCGCCGUGACAUUUGUGGCGGAAUCCGUGACCGGAGCGAUGGUGAAUCGCCGCAAUCCGUACGUGGUGAUUGGCUACUGGAUGCAGCUUCUCAUCCCCGACGACCUCGUGCCACGCAUGCUGACAUCCUUUGAAGGCAUCACCGAGAAUUCCGACCACCUCAAUCUCCCCACGACAUUCGAAUUCCUCGACAAGGGCCUGAAAAUCAUCAUCGACAACAUCGCCAAGCCGCGUCUGACUGAAUCGAAAAACUCCCUGCCAUGAAAUUGUGCCUUUCAUUUACUUAAAAUAUCAUCAUGUACUAAAAAGCCACCUUUUUAUCUCGUCCGCAAAUUUUCCUCUCCCUCCCCAUGAAGAAUUUAAUAUUAGAGGUAUUAUAUUAUAUAUAUAUACGAGAGAGUGAAUAACACAUUUUCUUUGAUGGCGCGCACGAAACUUCCUCAAUUUUCUCAUCAUCUUCUUAUUACAUUUUAUCUGAAAUUAAUUCAUCAUUUAGGCCAACAUCAAUCACCCGACGAUGAGGCGAGCGAGGCCUUCCGUGGGUGAGACACAAGUGCCACCGUUUUGUUGUGUUUUGCGUGUUUUUGGCCCUCUAAUCGCGCACCCGAGAGAUUCGCCCAACCCCAGCCAAUAUGCCGACAGAGAGAGAAAGAGAGAGAGAGAGAGCAUUUAUUAAGCGGCACAUAAAAAGCAUUCCGUUCUUCUCAAAGAGCCAAAACCUCUGCCGAGGGUGGGUUGAGUGGGGCGAGGGCGACGCUAAAUUUGUCAAGAGUAUAAAGUGGGGCGAAAAAGUUGGGCCAGAGACGAUGACAGAGGGUGGAUGAUGAGAUCAACUCUCAUAUACAUUUUUGCCGUGUCAAGUAAUGCCUUAACAAUAAAGAUAU